UGGCUUGAUAAAAGACACGACGAACGAGGCGACGAGUUUGUGGGCUUUGGACGACAACCGUGUCCUCAUCGGAAAACCAGGUACCACUUGCGGAUUAUUGUCUGGCGCUUGGUUAUUUCCCUGUCCGUCACAAGUAACGGUGUUACGGACGGAGGGUAGAGCGGGAUUGACUCAUCUUCACCAUGGACGAUCCUUUUGUUUCCCCCGCCGAGGCGGUAGUUCCCCGCGAAUCGCAUAGGUAUUCGUCUUUCGAUACACAAUUGUUCAGCCUAGAUGCGUCUUCACCAGCACAGGUGAAACGGGCCCUUGAGGCCCACUUGGCGGAGACAGAACGCAGACUGGAGGAAGCAUCCAAACUAGGCACAGCGCUCAUUGAACAGCAGAAGGAGCUCGAGGACAAGUUGAAAGAAGUUGAGCAACAGCAAGAAGCGAGCCAGAUCGGACCGGACCUGCAGCGGAGACUUGUGGACCUGGAGAGAGAAUACAGAGAAAUUGGUCGGGAGACUGCGCGGGCAUUCCUUGCCCCGAAACGUCUCGCGGGUGGUGAUGAUGGCCAUCUGGGGACCCCCUCGUUUGACCAAAAGUCACCACUUAGCCCCGCCUUGUUUGCUGGCCAGGCCACCAACUCUCCCAGCAAGGUGAGCGUGCCAUCGCGAAAGCAGCGCAACCAACCGUCGAGCCGUGUCCAUGAUAUCGAGUUUGCGACCGAGAUCUCCACCUCCCUCCUGGCCCAGGUCCGUCAGUUGCAGGCACUGCUUGCGGAGCGUGAGGAGGCUUUGAGAACUGUGAACUUGGAGAAGUCGAGGCUUGAACUCGAAGCAGAGGGGUAUACGCAGCGGAUCCGGGCAUUAGAUGAGAGCGAGGAGCGUUAUAAGGACGAAAACUGGGCGUUGGAGACUCAGACUCGCGAGCUUAUGACUGCGGUGAAAGAUGCUGCCGAUCGCGAAAGUAGACUGAACAGCAGCCUGGGUGCCGUUACAACGGAAAAGAGCGCCCUGGAACGAGAAUUGGAGGAUUUAAAACAAACCAAUGCAAAGUUGAUCGAGGACCAGACGGCGGCACAGAAAGCGAACGACGCUGAAAUCCAUCUCCUGCGCAGGAACUUGAAUUCAGGAGAUGCGGAAAGGCUUGCACUGCAGGAGAAGGUUGAAGAGUUAAACUCGCAGAACGAAGAGCUUGCUAGAGCGGUCGCUAUGCGGCUUCGGCAGCAAGAAGCCGAGACCGUGCGGGAAGUUCACCGGGAUGAUGACUCUGAUGAGGAUGGUAGAGGGACACCAGAAAAUUCGCCGCCACCAUCACCCAAUAAGUUCACUCCGCGACACAACCAACUGGAGACCGAAACAUUGCGGAGUUCCUUGGGCCAUGCUCACCGCAUGAUCCAAAAUCUGAAGAGCACCAUUCACCGAGAGAAAACCGAAAAGAUUGAGCUCAAGCGCAUGCUGCAAGAAGCGCGCGACGAGAUUGAACAGAAGCGUCGCGAAGCUGUUGCCCCAGCUGGCCCAUCCAACAAGCGCCAGAAGACCAAACCUGAUAACUCACGCAAAGCUGCAAGACCGAACCUGCUGGGUGCUGGAAGGAGAGGAACGACCGAGAUCGAGGAGGUCCAUGAGACCGAUUGGGAAGACCAUGCCACUGACACGAGUCCAUCGCACAAGGCAGCUUUGAGAUCCUACCGAAGCCGCCCUGAACUGCAGUCUUCAGAUGAGCCUAGUGAUGCCUAUCACACUGCUACUGAGGCUGACGAUGCUUUUGAAACCGCCAACGAGCGGGAGGCGACCACAGAAAGCGAAGCUUUCCAGACGGGCGUUGAGAGCAUGGCUGAUGACAGUACGGAUACUGAUGAGCUAACUGAAACAGAGGACCGUAUUCAGUUGACCCCUCGUGCUCGUGUCUCAUCCCUAACGUUGGCAAAGGCUCGUGACCGGAAAUCCUACCAGAGCAGUGCUUCCACUUCAGGGGAAGAAGAUGAAGACUCCGAUGGCAUGUUCCCCUCACCCAGUCGAACUUCUACUCCUAGACACCGUCUCAAAAACAAGAGGAGUGUGAUGAGAAGGAUUCGACCCUCUGGAGAGGCUCCAAUGGCCUCCGGUAGCCGGCCAUCUAGUUCACGCGAGUCCCCAGCAACGAGUUUCACAGAGACACCAGGGGACUCCGAAGGCCAGAGUUUAUUUGCAGAACUUGCAGAACUUGACGGCGAGGAGGAUGAGGAGUUCGGCCCGCCGAUAGAACACGAUGCCGAUUCCACACCACGUAUCCUUUCGAUGCCUGAUUCGAGAAGACCAUCCCAGGCCACAUUGAACACGAGACCCAAGCCUGCAAUGGUUGACUCUGGUGUCAUGACUGACCCCUGGCAACCAAGCGUCCCAGCCGUUGUGAGCGACGAGAACGUCUCGAAUGUUCUUGCAACAACGAAGAAGGCGACUUCAGAUGUCGACACUGCUGCUGGAACGAGAGAGCAACCAGAGUUGGUGCAUGCUGCGACACAGUGGGCCUCCCCUCAGACGUCAUCUGAAGUGAAUGGUGAACAACUGUCGAGUGUGAUGGCCACUUCGAAGACGAUUUCGGAUGUAAACGUGGAGCGGGAGGUCAAUGCCUCUGCAGCUGUGCUGCCACAGCUCGAUGUUUCUCCUAUCUCUACUCAGGACACCGUUCCCGUAGCACCUAAGCUGCCUGAGUUAAGCAUGUCAUACGUUGUGGGAGGCUCAACCGAGCCUGUCGCCGCGCCCAUUUCCAAUCCCGCGGAGAUGGCUUUAUCGGCCAUCUCUUUGCAGUAUACUGAACCCGUUUCUGCUAAGCUCCCUGAGCCGGAGCCGAAGUACGUGCCGGAAGUGGUUGUCUCCUCGAUCUUCUCUGAGGGGACUCAGCCUGUUGCGGCAACGCUUCCUGAGCCCGUGCCUGAGCCUUCAAUCUCCAUGGCAGAGCAGGGCACGAGCACAGAUCUCCCACAGCUGGUAUACUCCACAAUCUUCUCUGAGCAUACCCAGCCUGUUAUGGCAACUCUUCCUGAGCCCGUUCCCGUACCUGUACCUGUGCCGGAAGCUCCAGUUACUGUCACGGAGCGUGCUAUGAGCACCGUGGUUCCAGACCUGGCAGUCUCGACAAUCUUCUCUGAACAAACUUUGCCUGUAGUGGCGACUCUUCCAGAGCCUGUGCCCGAGCCUUCAGUUUCAGUUGCGGAGCGUGCUAUGAACACCGAAAUCCCUGGCCUGGCAGUGUCAACAAUCUUCACAGAGCACACCGACCCUAUUGCGGCGAAGCUACCAGAACCAGUCCCAGAGCCAGAGCCCACGGUGGUUGCGGGUCAGGCUCCAGCCGAGCAUGAGGUCCCAGAUUUGACAGUAUCUUUUAUACCACCCGAAGCCACCGAGCCAGUUGCACCUCAGGAGCGCGAGAUUCCCGUCCCUGCUUCUCCGCAGUUGUCGGUUUCCACAAUCCGCUCCGUGGAAACACUCCCUGUUGAGGUCACUCCAGCUGCGGCCAUCAUCCCGGCAGCCCUCCCAUCUGAUGAAAACGCACCAUUCAUGCAAACGAAGGGUGUUAUGGUCGACAAAUCCAUUUCAGAGUCUUUGCCAAUUGUGGUUGUCGAAGACGAAGCAAAUGAUAGCUCUGACUAUGACACAGCUGGUCAGAAGAGGGAUGCCUCCUCCCCUCUGAGCGCUAUCUCCGGCAAUGCUGUCCCACGCCAUGCAAGACGCCGAUCGUCAAACCAGGCAGAUCAAGGUGCUCAGACGAUACUGUCUUCCAAGCAAAUUGACCAGAUUCUCAUGGACCGUGUUACAGCCCGGCCUUUGUCUCCCCCCGACAGUGACAAAGCCAAGGAGCAAGGCAAUUCACCCGCUGCCACACCGAAGGCGCGGCCCCGUCCCCAGCAUCAGUCAUCGGCUGCAUCUCUCAAUUGGCGACCAGGCAGCGCAGCCAGCCAGGCCUCUACUGUCCAUAGUCAUCCCCCGUUGCCUUCUGAACAUAAAGAGGCUAUCAUGGCUGCCGAGAAGAAAUCGCUUGAUCAACAACCGGCCACACCAGGUCUCAUGGCGCCUCCUCUUGCUCCGGCUUCCGCUUUCCGCGCUCCACGCCCGCGCACUCCAAAUGAUUCAGCCGCUCAGGUCGGCUCCAUCAGGUCUUCUACUUCACGGGCCAGAGUGAGGCGCGAAAGCCAGGUGUCGCGGAGGUCUUCGGUCUCAUCGUUCGCAUCCGAGAUCGAAGAGCGGUUCAAUACCCAUUCCACUCCGGCUGGCGGGCCUUAUGGCUAUGGCUCUGGCACAGAUCCACGCAUGAUUCAAGCUAUCACCCAGACCAUGAUUGGAGAAUUCCUCUGGAAGUAUACACGUAAGACAGUCUCCGGAGAGAUUUCCAACACUAGACAUCGUCGCUACUUCUGGGUGCAUCCAUAUACCCGUACAUUGUACUGGAGUGAGCAGGACCCUCAAAGUGCUGGCAAGUCGGAGCGUAAGACAAAGAGCGUUCCUAUUGAAGCUGUGAGAGUUGUCGCCGAUGACAACCCAUACCCUCCAGGUCUUCAUUGCAGGAGCUUGGAGGUUGUUAGCCCUGGUCGCCGGAUCAGGUUCACCGCGACUACUAGUCAGAGGCACGAGACCUGGUUCAAUGCACUCUCGUACCUUUUACUGCGGUCAGAAAAUGGUGAGGAGGAGGAGAACAAUGACCUGGAAGAUAUCGAUGAAUUCAACCCUGGGUUCCGGUCAGGAUCUCGGUCGCGCCAGAGGCCGCGGUUGUCAAUCUCUUCAUCGCAGAGUCGCACGACCCGAAAUUGGCCGAAACAGCGAGCGGGUUCUGCUCUCUCUUUGCGCCGCACAGGGACCCCCGGUCGCGCUUCUCCGGCUCUGAGCACACCGUCUCACUAUUCCGAUCAAAGGAACAGUUCCACGUCCCGACUCAGUACAAUUCUUAAUACUACGCUCAAGGGCUCUUUCGGCCGAAGGGGUCCCCCUGGCUAUGCAACAUCUAGUAUCCAUGAUGGCAGUGUCUACGGCCGUGACAGUGAGGAGGACCUGCGGCAGAUGAUGGAGAGGCAAGAGCAGGAGACAGACCGACUUGAGAACGUCCGUGCUUGCUGCGAUGGUAAGAGGAUGCCCGCUUGGACUAUUGUGCCUGACCCACUAACACUUGUAAUAUAGGCAAGCAUGAUGUUAGCUCACUCUCAAGGACAAGUCGGUACAGCCCGCGUGUCAACCGGCAUCACUCUCAUCACUGAGCCUGUCGACGUCUAUCGUGAAGAUGUGCCCUGUCUUCCCAAGGACAUUCUUUAUGCAUCGCUCGCAUCUCUUUCCUUUCCAUCCUCCUCGACCCUCAUAGCAUGCGAAUCUCAUGAGCGCACGUGUUAGCAUUUUAUUACUGACUCCCUUUGUUUUUCGGUAGCAGCCACCCUUCGGGCACACUUUCUUGGAACCUUGUGUUAUGUAUAGUCAUUAUUAAUCUUGGGGGUUUGGUCCCUUUGGCAUUUAUCCCCACUCAGGUGUCUGGACUGUUCCUGUCAUUCAUUCGUGAUAUUUGCAAAAUGAGUUAUUGAUUUAGUCAUUUCUUUUGUUGAUACUCAUUGUCAAGCUGAUAUAUUUAUGCCGUUCGUUCCAUCG